CAACCAUGGUCAAAGUCGAAAUUGUUGACGAGAAGGAAAUCGGCCAGUCGCCCUAUGCCUCAUCAUCGGACUCACGAACAUCGUCCUCGGCGUCCAUAUCAUCAGUAGAGUCAGAUAUAUCCGUCGACGAGUCCUUCUUCGAUCGCGUCGCCGCCCUCGUAGACAUUGUUCCCCCUACAACACGCCACUCCAUUGCCUCACGCGUAUCAAAAACAGCCUCAAUUCUCAAGCGCGGUGGAAAGCUGGUUGGAAACAUCGUCUGGGUGGUCACGACAUCCGCCCUUCUCGUCGCUCUGCCCCUGGCGUUGACGCUUGAAGAUGAGGCAAAAAUUGUAGCUCAGGAAAAGGAAAUGUUGGAACAGCAACAGGGCGCCCAACAAAUGCUGGCACCUUCCAUGUACCCAUCUGGCUCAAAUUCUGGCCAGCCACAACCAAAAUCACUCGUCCCUCCUGGUUUCUAGUCACCCCGGUGGUUCAGUGUAUCCCUGCUACUUACCUUAUAUCUAUUACCUAUUCUGCAUGCAUUCUCAUGGCGGAAGCACCAUCACUUAUACAUUCGCUGUCACACCCAUUCGCGUGCCAAUGCCGUCAGCGUUAUAAUCUAUCGUGUACUACGCUUCCCCAUAUGCAUUCAGGCACAUUGACAUCCAUCUAGGUUCUGUUAAUGGAAAGAGGACAAGUGGAAUGUUU